CCUCACGCCUAUGACAUCGGUACGUUCUGACAAAAAUCGGUAGUUUUUUCAAGUUAUCACUGCUCGGACUGAAAGCGAUUUGGCCUAUCCAAGUUUUCGCUGGAUAGUAGUCCCAUGCCAUCUGUUAGUGUGUGUAAUUAGUUUGAAUCAAUCUUGUUUUGUUUGUCCCUUUUACCUGACGCACUGUGAUGUUUCGGCGACGAAUUACUCCCUCACCUAAGUCUACAAGGAUGGCUAGAAUCACAGCUCCCGAGUUGGAACAGUUUAUAGUCGCUACAGUUGAGUUGACGGGACGUAUGCUAGGAGCAGGUGCUUAUGGCAGUGUGGAGGAGGUGGAGAUACCUGGAGCAACGGUAGCUGCCAAGAAACUGCACCAACAGCUUGUCAACCUGGGCUCUCCACAGCAGGUUAAGAAAUGGGUGAAUGAUUUCGUGGAGGAGUGUAAGCUGAUGAGCCAGCUCCGUCACCCUCACAUAGUACAGUUCCUGGGGGUGUGCUAUCUCCCUGGAGCCCAACUCCCCGUCCUACUGAUGGAGAAGCUACAAACCAGCCUCGACAACCUUCUGGAAGCUAGACCCAACAUUCCUAUUGACCUCAAAGUGCACCUUCUGACGGGGACUGGCCGAGGGGUGGUCUAUCUGCACAGCCGCACUCCACCCAUUGCUCAUCGUGAUCUGUCUGCCAAGAACAUUCUAGUCGAUAACGGUCUCAAUGCCAAGAUAGCAGACUUGGGUGUUUCUAGGAUUGUGAACAUUCAGCCUGGCCGGCUAGCUGCCUCGAUGACUCAAAUGCCAGGCACUGGUGUAUACAUGCCACCAGAGGCAGCUCAAGAGGAAGGGGUCACACGAUACAACACUGCCAUAGACAUCUUCUCCUUUGGUGUGGUAUCUCUCUUCACACUGACACAAACCUUCCCCAAAGAUCUUAAACCUGCUGCAUAUCGAGAUCCUGCUACUCGAAAGAUUGUUGGCCGAUCAGAAAUCGAACGGCGUGAAGAUUACAUUGUUCCAAUGAAAGCAGCUCUUGGUGAGACCCACCCCCUAGUCCAGUUAACCCUCGCUUGCCUGGAGUUUGACCAAGAAGAUCGACCAUCUGCUGUGGUGGUGUUGAGAGGAUUGGAGGAGGUUAGAACAACACUCCCUCAGAACUGCACCCAGACCAAGCUGGAACUGAUUCAACAGGUAGCUGUGAAGGAUGAAGAGAUACAGCAAGUUGCUGAAGAGAAACAAGCAACUAUCAAUCGUCUUCAAGCUGAGAAUCGGGAGGAAGUGCGUGGACUGGAAGAACUGACCACUCUCCAACAAGAGCAGUUGGAAGUUCAACGCAGAGAAAUUGCUCAUCUCUCCAGUUCAGUGAGGUCUCUACAGAUACAGCCUCGGGAGGACACACCUCAGGGCUCAGGACAGAGAGAGGCAACCACAAACAAAACCACACAAUCAAUCAAGAUUGUUGAUUCGAGCACUGGAAACGCAUUGCUACCACACAAGUCGACCACACCACAACCAACUGUUCCUACUGCCAUCACCUUCAACUGGACAACAUGCAAGGAUAAACCAGAGGAGAUGAGUGUGUACGAUCAGCCUGUGGCUAUCAACGGGAAGCUGUACACGAGAGGCUGGAGUAACAGGACUGGUGGCACUGUGCUAGUGUACACACCAGAUCAGGAUAGCUGGGGUGUGCUGCCACUACCUCUAGUGGAGGACUUCACCAUAGCAAUACUGAGAGGUCAACUGCUAGUAGUCGGAGGUAAAGACAAGUCUACUAGUAUGAAAACGAAUAUCAUCCUAACAUUCGAUGAAAGCUCUCGACAAUGGGUCCAGUCACUUCCCCGCAUGCCAAAAGCAUUAACUUUUCCAAAAGUUGUUGAACAUCAGAACCAUCUGAUCGUUAUCAGUGGACGUGACUCAGACGGCCAUAUGAUAGCUGACGUGAACAUUCUGAAUACAAGUAACAAAUGGAUCAUAGCCGAACCAAUUCCCAGAACUGUUCUCUACAGCACUUGCCUAAUUGGAGACACACUGUAUCUUGUAGGUCAAGUCACUAAAGAAGUGUUUCGAGCUCAUAUACCCUCCCUCAUAUCACGAGCCAGUUCUGGUGUGUGGAAAUCUGUCGCUCAUGUACCCUCCCUCAUAUCACGAGCCAGAUCUGGUGUGUGGGAAUCUGUCGCAAGUGUGCCAUUCUAUCGGUCAUCUCCCAUCGCCAUCGGCAAUACCCUCCUGACUGUGGGGGGUAAGGAUAAGGAUGGAGGUAUCGCUACCUCAAGCAUCCAUCUGUACGAUCCCACUAAAAACCAGUGGACACAAUGUGGUGACCUUCCCGAGGAAAUGAACUCUUGUCAGUGCAUUGAUCUAUCUGGCAAACUGUAUGUACUUGGUGGUGCUAGAGGUACCAGCACUAUCAGAUCUGUGUACACAUCAAUACACACUAGUAGUUCAUUUUAAUUGGAAUUCCAUGUUUAUUAUAUAAUUAUAAGCAUCAUUAUCGUACAAUUAUGUGUCAGUUGAUUGAAUGUUGUUUCCGAAAAAAUUA